AUAAAUGAACUCAGUGACAUCCCGGCGAGAGGAGCUGGUCGGCCCCACUCCUUCCGUCCCCGCGCCCCCGGUGCUACACUGCUGCUGCGAACGAAGAGAAAUCAGAUAGACAAUGAGAGAAUCGAGAGGGAAGAAUCUGGAUAAACCUUGUGAUAUAUGUGGUGCUGUUGGCUUUGCAGAUUUAAUUGCCACAUGUUCUCAAUGCAGUGUUGCUCAUGAACAUGCUUAUUGCAUGCAGAUCCAUUGUAUAGAAGUCCCUGAAGUUUGGUUUUGUCAAGCAUGUGAGUCAAGUAAGUACACAGUUUCACCAAAAUCUAUUGUGAAGGAACACGUACCUAAAGUUUCAGCACUAAACCCCCAUGGGAUGCUCCAAUGUGAUGCUGCACAUUCUUCAAGUCCCAUAUCUGGGAGGCAGGUUUGCAAAAGGCAAAAGGCUUUGGAAAAUGCUAAAGUUAAGUGUAUUCCUACUGAAGAAGCCAUCAUGCUAUUGCCGGGAACCAGUAAAAAGGAAUCCAUUCCUAAGAGCAAGUUGGGAUUGAACAUUAAUCCAUUGUCCAUGGCAUCUGUGUCCAAGAGAAUUCCCACUGGGUCUAGAACUGCCCAACCAAAGUUAUCCCUGCAGAAGGUUAAAACAAAUCUUAGUUUGGUACCUCCAAGACCUGCUGAGCCUCGUAAGUAUGGCACUGUGCAGAUCCGUUCAAUGAUCCGGAAACAUGCUCCUCAAUUGUCAAAAGAAUUGAGAGAAAAUGUUGCAGCUCCUGUGAAAGAACUCGUUCGUGAGAAAGAAUCAAAAUUUGGCCUUGAAAAUGCCGAAAAAUGUGAUUUUUCUCAUACAGAAGUAGCAAAAGGAACAAGUUUGGUAUCAUGUGCAUCCUCAAUGUCAUUGAAUCAAAUUGGUUUGGAAAAUAUUGUGGUUCCUGCAAAGGAAAUUGUUCCAAAGAAACAGUUGAAUAUUGGCCUUAAACAUGUACUAAGGGUUGAUUCUUCUCGUAAAAGAGCAGCAAGAACAGGCAGUGCACCAUGUGCAUCUUCAUCAACUUCAUCUAGUAUCUAUUCAAGUGAUAACUUUCAUCUGGAUGCAAAGCCUCACCCUAGGAUAACUGAUGUCAAAGUAAAGGACAUGCCGAGCCUUCUUUAUGAACUUGAGAAAGAUCUUGUGUAUUUCCCUGCUAAACGUGCUAUUUGGAAGGGAAGUUUCAAAAUUCCUGAUAUUGUUGGACCUUGUGAUUUCUAUGAUGUAUUUCGGGCUCAUCCUCCGGCCAGAGCUCUCCGUAAAGCAUUUGAGUUUUCAAAACAAAUGCCUCAAGUUCUUCAUUUUAAGCUACUUGCUCGGUGCAACCUUUGGCCAGAUAUAUUCCAAGGCUAUAGCCCGGGCCGGGAUGACAUUGCACUGUAUUUUUUCCCGCAGGAUGAGAGAUCCAGGAAAAACUAUGUUUGCCUUCUAGAACACAUAGAAAUGCAUGAUUUGGUGAUAAGAAGUUACAUGAGCUCUGUGGAAUUGCUAUUAUUUUCAUCUAAGCAGCUGCGAGAGGACUGUCAGAGACUACACACAGAAUACUUUCUGUGGGGGGUCUUUCGCUCUGUCCAGGAAAAUGUGGAGCUGCACUCGCCAGCUUCUUUUGUUCAAGAUGACCACAAAGUUUAUGCUGAAGAAGGUGAGAAUUUUGAUGACAUGGAAAUUGACAUGAUAGGUGGAAAGAAUGUGGGAAAAGAUGAUAUAUAUGUACCAAGGCCCAAGGACAAGCUGGACGUUCCUCCAGGUUUUGAGCGCCACACCCCUAUUUUCAAAGGGGGCAGUGUUCUUCAAAGUCCUCGGUGUUGUUCAAAGCAAGCCCUUUUGGCAAAUGUGGGAAAAAUUGACAAGGACAAGAUGGAAGUUCCUCCAGGUUUCAAGUGUCGUGCCCCUAUUUUUGAAGUGGAUGGUGCCCCUCGAAGUCCUUCCGAUUGUUCGAAGCAAUCUGUUUCCUUAAAUGUGGGAAAAGUUGAUAUCGCUGUACCCAAACCCAAGGGCAAACUGGAAGUUCCUCCGGAUUUUGAGCGCUGGACUCCUAUUUUCAAAGGGGGUGGUGCCCUUCAAAGUCCUCGUGGUUGUUCAAAGCAUGCUGUUUUGGCAAAAGAUGAUGGUGGAAACCUAAAGAAAUUCUCUGGAGACAUAAAAACUGAAGUUAAGGAGUUCCAAUUGGAUAAACUGGAAUUUGGCCUGUCUAAGCCGGGGUCCAAGAGAGACAGACUCUGGCAGACUGCUCAAUACUUCAAAUGAGUGCCGAUUUGAGCGAGACAAAUUUUUGGUCAUGUACAGCCGCAUGCUUCUUCAUUUUACUUCUAAAACCACCAUAUGUACAAAACCAAUGUAGGUUUAGGAUGUUCAUCUUCAGCUCUAAUAUUGAAAUUGCAGUUGUAAACUUGCACCUUUUCUUGUUUUCUAUUAAGGUUUCGCCCAGAUUAAGGAUUUCGUUUAAGAAGAAA